GGGACUGGCGGCUAGAGUCGGUGCUGUCAUGGAAAGGGAAAGGAACAAGACUUUUGAGAGAAGUUGAGGCGUUUCAAUUAGGGUUCUUAGUUGGUGUGGGUAUUUGGACGAGCGAUCUAGGAGAGAGCCUUGGAAGCUGCUGCUAUUCAGAGUAUAGCUCAUGUAGAAGCAAUACCCAGGAAUUACAGCAGAAGUAGGUUUAAAGUCUUAGAGGGUGGGUAGGAGGUGUGUCUGGACAGAGGUCUUCGAGUGAUGGGGUUUGACAAGAGACAGAGAAGCAGGUCGAAGUUUUCCUAGGUAGAUUUUUUUUGGGGUGGUGUGUACUGGGAGAAGGGUCUUUAGAGAGUAUCUGUGCCCUAGGGCAGGGUCUUCGGGAGACAACGUGGGAACAAAAGGGGACACAUUUUAGGGGAAAGGGGGCUCAUGAGUAGCAUUGGGUCACCUCAGUUAGGAGUCAUGGGUAGAGAGUACAAGGAAUGACGUGUGUGUCAAGUGUGAAGAAUUUAGAAUGUCAAGGGAACGCCAGGUGGGGACUUCAGGAAAUAAGUCCUGGGUGUGGAGGGAGUUCCCAGGCUUGCCUCAGUGAUCGGAAUUAGCAGUGUGAGAAAUGGGUUUGGGAAAUGUAUUUCAUGGAGGGUGUGAAUGGGGUUCUGGGGGCAAUAAAUGAGAGUUAGAAAAGUACGGGGGGGGGUUCUGUGAGUGAUGGACAUUCAUAGCAGUCUCAUGGAGAUGGACACUACCUGACAGGUGGAUCUGGGUGCAGGGAAGCGGUCCUGUACCAUGUCUCAGCCGCCACUUCGAGGUGUGACCAGCCUCCAUUUCAACCAAGACCAAAGUUGCUUUUGCUGUGCCAUGGAGACUGGUGUACGUAUCUAUAAUGUGGAGCCACUGAUGGAGAAGGGGCAUCUGGACCACGAGCAGGUAGGCAGCGUGGGCCUGGUAGAGAUGCUGCACCGAUCCAACCUGCUGGCCCUGGUAGGCGGUGGGAGCAGCCCCAAGUUCUCAGAGAUCUCUGUGCUCAUCUGGGAUGACGCCCAAGAAGGCAAGGACUCCAAGGACAAACUCGUGCUGGAGUUCACCUUUACUAAGCCAGUGCUGGCUGUGCGCAUGCGCUAUGACAAGAUUGUGAUCGUGCUGAGGAACCGCAUCUAUGUGUACUCCUUCCCGGACAAUCCUCGAAAGCUAUUUGAAUUUGAUACUCGGGACAACCCCAAGGGGUUGUGCGACCUCUGCCCAAGCCUGGAGAAGCAACUGCUUGUGUUUCCUGGACACAAGUGUGGAAGUCUGCAACUUGUGGAUCUGGCAAGCACCAAGCCUGGCACUUCCUCAGCUCCAUUCACCAUUAAUGCACAUCAGAGUGAUGUGGCCUGUGUGUCCCUGAACCAGCCUGGCACUGUGGUGGCGUCGGCCUCCCAGAAGGGUACCCUAAUUCGUCUGUUUGACACGCAGUCCAAGGAAAAACUGGUGGAGCUUCGAAGAGGCACAGACCCCGCCACCCUGUAUUGCAUUAACUUCAGCCACGACUCCUCCUUCCUCUGUGCUUCCAGUGACAAGGGCACUGUCCAUAUCUUUGCUCUUAAAGACACCCGUCUCAACCGGCGCUCUGCGCUGGCUCGUGUGGGCAAGGUCGGGCCUAUGAUUGGACAGUAUGUGGAUUCCCAGUGGAGCCUGGCCAGCUUUACCGUGCCUGCCGAGUCAGCAUGCAUCUGCGCCUUUGGUCGGAACACCUCCAAGAAUGUCAACUCUGUAAUUGCCAUCUGCGUAGACGGGACCUUCCACAAAUAUGUCUUCACGCCUGACGGAAACUGCAACCGAGAGGCCUUUGACGUGUACCUUGACAUCUGUGAUGACGAUGACUUUUAAGAGCCCUGGCAGCUACACUAGGAACCUGCAGUAGCAGAUGGCCAAUCUGAGUCUUGAGGGUGUUGAAGCAGCCAGCAAGCAUCAAGGAGGCCUCUCACUCUCCAUUCAAGCACAGCUGUAUCUAAAGAAACAGCUCGCUUCCCCCAGCACUUUUUUUGUGAGUGUGCCAAAGGCCAAGGACAGAUUGCCUGGGCCACCUAGUCUGGAACACUCACAGGGACCCAAAGGGAUUGUAGUAAUCCAACCUGGGGAUUUAAAAAAGGUUACCAGGAGAGAUAGCCUCUGUGAUGUAUAUCAAUAAAAGGCUUUUAA